AUGAGCGAGGACACUGCAACUUCGUCGUCCAGCGCUCACUCGCGCGAUCAUAUCGACAGUCUCACAUGGUCCUCGACGCAAUCUGUCGGGUGUGGGUCUCGGCGCAGUGUGGUGCGCACCACCGAGAAGUCUGUGAUGUUCCGAGUGCGCACACAAGAAAAGCUGGCUAGCAGUCGAGGGGGUAAAAGCUCAAAGCAGACAUUAUGCUUAGCCCAGAGUGAUGGUAGGGGCGGAGCCGAUGACAAGGACAUCCACGAAACGCUGGCGGAGCUCUAUGCUGAGGCGGAGCGCAAGACGAAGUUGCUGAACAACGAGAAGGAGACGUUCCGGCGGGGACAGGAUCGUUUGAGCAGCUUACAACUAGAGCACGAGGCGCUUCUACGCAAUUUGGAGCAGUGUAAACGACGAAGAAAAGAGAGCAUUCGUAUCCAGAAGAUGCUCCGAGGACCUAAAGACGAGAGUGAAGACUACGAGCGUGAAAGGAGCAUUGCAAGCGACACGGACAGCGACAGCGACUACAACAGUCACCAUCGCCGGAGCAGCAGUGGCAGUGGCAGUCACCACCGACGACCACGACGAGAUGGCGCUAAGAAGGAGCGCAAGCGCCUGCGAAGAUUCCAGAGCGACGUGUCGCUGCGGUUCCAACUGCUGCAAUCCGAGUGUCGACGCUCCGACAUGCAAGUGGACAAGCUGAUAGCUGACUUGCGACGCGAGUACGCCGACUCGUGUCUAUUUGGCAACUCAUUGAAUUUCUAA